UGUGUCACCACAAAGGUUCUAAUUAAGAUUUGCUGUGGUGAUGAUAGAGCGUUGAAGGAAGAGAAAUACGCUGCGCGUAGAGCUAUUCUUCCCAUUCUUCAAGCAGAAGAAGAUGAAAGGUUUGUGUCUGAGUGGAACAAGUAUCUAGAUUACGAGGCUGAUGUGAUGAAAGAUGUUCCUGGUUGGAAAGUUGGUGAAAACGUGUAUAACUCUGGUCGUUGGAUGCCUCCAGCUACUGGAGAGCUUCGUCCUGAUGUCUGGUAAUAUAUUAUCAAUGCCUCCUUUUCAUGAUGAUGAUGAAUAUUGUGUAAGCAUUUUAGAACCGUGCUGUGUCUCUUCUUUUUAUCUCUUCUUAUUCAUCAUAUAAUAAGAGAAAUGAUACAUACACACUUCAUGUAUUGAGGAACAUAUUUUUGUUUUAUUUCAUUCA